GAUGGUUACGUUUUGAAUACUACCGCCUUCUAUGUCUCUAACGGCCGCUCUAAACUCUAAUCCUCAGCAGAUCAUCUCUAAGAGGAUAAUAUUGUAAUUUCAUGUCAAGCAUCGGUGGCUCCGUUCGCCUUCCCCAGCACACGAUCCGCUGAAGCCAAACUGGCCUUUCCUCUUUCAUGUAUCUCGAUGACCAGAUUUACGAAGUCCUAACCCUAAGAGGUUUACCUUAAUCUCCCUCAUCGUUUCUUCGAUUCGAUUCGAACUCGGAUCCAGGGCUCAAAACCAUGGGCGAUUUCAAUCUCGCUCUUGUGAUCGUUGCUAUAGUGGUCUGCAUCAUCGUUUUCAUCUUCAAUGUUUAUCUGCUCGUUAAUUAUCAGCACCCAGAUGACAAGAACCAGGCCUAUUUUCCCAAAUUCGUUGUCGUUUUGGGGCUCUCUGUUGCCGCCAUUUCUAUAUUGAUGUUGCCCGCCGACGUGGCGAACCGGCAGGCUUGCCGGCACGCCAUAUACAACGGCGCGUGUAAUCUUACCUUGCCGAUGAAGGAUCUGUGGCUUGCUGUCUACAUUCUCGAUGCCGUGCUCGUGUUCUUCAUUAUCCCCUUUGCAAUGUUCUUCUACGAAGGUGACCAAGACAAGAGUGUGGGGAAACGGAUUAGAAGCGCAUUGUUGUGGGUGGUGACGACCGCCAUUGUGUGUGCUCUCGUCCUGGGUAUUUUAUAUGGGCUUGUUGGAAAGGUGGACUUCACUGUUAGGCAUCUCUCAUCAUCAACUGCUUCCUUUCCAAGUACUUGGGAGUUCUCUAGUAGUCAACAAUGUAUCGGAAGUGGUGUACACCAGUGCUCUGCAUAUUCUGCUAGUGCUUCAUCAGAGAAAACAUGGACUAUGCGGACGACCUUUCCAGAAUAUGUUGUUGCUCUUGCUACUAUUGUUGGAUCUGUGCUUUUCUCUAUAUUUGGUGGUGUUGGCAUUGCUUGUUUGCCUUUGGGACUUAUUUUUUCAUUUAUUCGCCGGCCAAAGGCUGUAAUCACUCGCUCACAGUAUAUUAAGGAAGCAACUGAUCUUGGGAAAAAAGCAAGAGAAUUAAAAAAGGCUGCCGAUGCACUACACCAGGAAGAAAGAAGUGGUUCAAAGGGUAGAAAAUGGCGUAAAAAUGUUAAAGAAGUUAAAAAGGAGCUACUUCAACUGGAAGAAGAUGUUCAGCUUCUUGAAGAGAUGUAUCCACAGGGGGAAAAGGCUGAGACUGCAUGGGCACUGACAGUUCUUGGGUACUUGGCAAAACUUCUGUUGGGAAUUUUAGGGUUGAUUAUUUCUGUGGCUUGGGUUGCUCAUAUUAUCAUAUAUCUUUUAAUUGACCCUCCUCUCUCUCCUUUCCUGAAUGAAGUUUUUAUUAAGUUGGAUGAUAUUUGGGGUCUAUUGGGGACCGCAGCGUUUGCAUUUUUCUGCUUCUACCUUUUGCUUGCAGUGAUUGCUGGUGCCAUGAUGCUUGGUCUGAGAUUAGUUUUCAUUACAAUACAUCCAAUGAAGUGGGGGGCCACACUGAUGAAUUCUUUUCUGUUUAAUGUUGGUCUUAUUCUUCUUUGCUCCAUUAGCGUGAUUCAGUUCUGCUCCACAGCAUUUGCUUACUACGCUCAAGCAACUGCAGCACAGGAAAUAUUUGGCCACACACUGCAGUCUCUUCGUGGAAUUAAAUAUUUGUACAAGUAUAAUGUAUUUCAAAUUGCAUUUGUUGUUUUGGCGGGAUUGACAUUUGUGUAUUAUGCUGCUUUUGGAUGGAGAAGAAAAAGGCCUAGCGGCAGAUUCCAACUGUCCACAUGAGGAAUGAUUUAUCUACAAGAGGGUCAGUUGGAGCUAUGGGGAAUAUUCCUGGUUUUUGUCAUCUCUUUUUGUAGUGAUUUUCAUAUUCGGAUGACCUAUGGCCUAGUUUUGUAUUCGAUUGAGAGGUCUAUAUUGGCUGAUAUCAUCCGAGUUGAACCAGUUUACUGCAAAAGAGUUACACAGUGGGUGCUGGGGCUGCCGCCGUUACCCCCUUUCCUCCCCCAUUUGUACGUAUUAUUCCUUGUUAAUUUGUGUUAUGCAUUGGUGUGAGUGUGUAAUAGGGAAAAAUUGUGAGGUGCGCACGGGCGAGCGGGUUCCAGGUUAAAUACCAUUUGAUGUAAAUGCAGAACGAUCAGGAAGUUGUUUCGUGCAACAGACAUUUUAUCUUCAUUGUGUGUUGUGUAGUAGUAUGUGCUGUAGGUUUCUUCUGGUAGCGACGCCAGCAAGGCUGUUCGGACACCUGAUUUCUGCUUAUUUAGAAGAACGCCAGUCGAUUAUUUCAUUUUUAAGUUUGUGAGGAUCUCUCUCUCUCUCUCUCUCUCUGUUAUCUUAUUAGCAAGAUUGCUAAAUUUGAUGUGCUAUGACAAGUUCCCAUCUGUUUUAAGUUUUUAAAGUGAAUAUAGUUUUAAAACUUAUGAUUUUGAUUAAA